AGGUGAAGUCCGUCAUGACUUUAGAGCGUCCGAACGUGUUGGUUCAUAAAAUGCAGGGUACGAAUGGUGGCAAGGAUUCCAUUUGUUGGCGUGAGUUCUUCGAUGACAAAAUGAAAUGCACCUGUCAGGUGGACGACAUUUCUACUGUUCGAAUGUAUGAUCGUGUCAAGCCGUAAUGAAUCGCUGAAGGUUCGAUUUCAACUCCCGCAAGCUGAAGUCUUCGAUUGCCCACCCGUUUUAGAUGAUAGUGAUAAAAGUAAUAGUGAAAUACACGCAUUAGUAAAUCUAAAUUUAUUGAAAGAUUGG